CGCCCAUGGCAGCCCCUUCCCGCCGCGCCCCGGCCCGGCUGCAUGGUGUGGGUGCCCCUGAGCCCCACGAGCAGUGACCGCCGGGCCCCGCUGCGCGCCCCCAGCACCACCACCAUGUCUUUGGAGUGGCUGACGGACUGGAGCUGGUCCCUGGACGGACUCCGGGAUUUCAUUGGCACCGGCAUCCAGUCUAUCCGCGACUGCGACGCCACGGCCCUGGUGGCAGUGGCCUGCCUGCUGGUCCUCUUCGUGUGGUACUGCUACCACGUGGGGCGGGAGCAGCCCCGCGCCUACGCCACGGUGAACGCGCUGAUGCAGAGCGCCGAGGCCAACGGGGUGCAGAACGGGUUCGUGUACUGCCAGUCGCCCGAGUGCGUGCGCUGCUCGCACCACGACGGCCUCAACCAGAAACUCUACCACAACCUGCAGGAGUACGCCAAGCGCUACUCCUGGUCCGGCAUGGGCAGGAUCCACAAGGGCAUCCGCGAGCAGGGCCGCUACCUCAACAGCCGGCCCUCCAUCCAGAAGCCAGAAGUCUUCUUCCUGCCCGACUUGCCCACCACGCCCUACUUCUCCCGGGACACUCAAAAGCACGACGUGGAGUUGCUGGAGCGCAACUUCCAGACCAUCCUGUGCGAGUUUGAGACGCUGUACAAGGCGUUCUCAAACUGCAGCCUCCCGCAAGGAUGGAAAAUGAACAGCACGCCCAGCGGGGAGUGGUUCACCUUCUACCUGGUGAACCAGGGCAUGUGCGUGCCCAGGAACUGCCGGAGAUGCCCACGGACGUACCGCUUGCUCGGGAGCCUCCGCACCUGCAUUGGCAACAAUGUCUUUGGGAACGCCUGCAUCUCUGUGCUGAGCCCGGGCACCGUCAUCGCCGAGCACUACGGGCCCACCAACAUCCGCAUCCGCUGCCACCUCGGUCUGAAGACGCCCAGCAACUGCGAGCUGGUGGUGGGGGGCGAGCCCCAGUGCUGGGCUGAGGGCCGGUGCCUGCUCUUCGACGACUCCUUCCUGCACACGGCGUUCCACGAAGGUGCCCCGGAGGAAGGUCCCCGCGUGGUGUUCAUGGUGGACCUGUGGCACCCCAACGUGGCCGCGGCUGAGCGCCAAGCCCUCGACUUCAUCUUCGCGCCGGGACGAUGACGGCGCUGCCCGGCCUGGUGGGUUCAGGGCAGCUCGGCUGGGGCCUGUCCCGGCACAGGGCCUCGGUGCUCCCUCCCGGGGGUCUUGUAAAUGGAAACUGUGACGUGUAUCCGCGCCCAUCUCCUUCCUCCAUCGUUGGCUUCAGGGAUUCUUUUCCAAGCGCCGGCGCCUCGGCCCCGCCGGGGCUCACUGCCUCCCCUGCUCCUUCGUGUUCUGUUGCUACUGUGUUUUGCGGUGUUCAGAAGUAGAGUAACAAAGCCAAGGGUGCUCGUUUGAAUGUAAUGUAAAAUUUUUCUCGUGGUCAUCAAAGGAACAACACACACGCACCAUAACAGCCAACCAGCCUGCCCUGCCCGGCUGCGGGCCCCGAUGGACGGACAGACGGACGCCGGGGGCUGCCAUGGGCACUGCGCUCCCCCCAGGCUGGGUCUGAUGAGGCGGGCAGGGCACAGCUCUGCCCACAAAGAGCCCUCCUGGGGUUCCUGCUUCCUCCUCCACGUGCCAGCUGGGGCUCCCCAGCCCUCCUGCCCUCAGAGACCCCUUUUGUCACCCAGGCAGGGAGCAGAGUCCACCGCCAGCCCAGCAAGGCAGGAGCCCCGACCCUCACCCUGCUGAGGGAACAGCACACACAGUCGUGCUCUUCAGUCUGACCAAGGGUGUUAGCAACUGCCCAAAUCCCUUCCUAGCCCUGCCUGCAACCCUCAGUUUCCCCAGCUCCAGAUGGGAGGCCCUGCAGGGGCAGGGAUGCUGUUUGGGAACAGGGAAUGGGGGUUUUGUCUGUCCGUAGUAAGAAAGGAGGUCACCAUUCCUUCUGCUGCUCCAUCUUCUCUUUUCCUCCAGCCAGGGCAGGCACACACAGCAGCAGCUCCCAUGGACCUGACACCACCACAGGAGAGGCUCCCAAGGAGGGUUAAUUCUACAGUCUGAACAAUGAGCCCCCACCCAGGGACCACCACGCUUUUCCUGAAGUCCCCCAGCACCAGGGUCUGGGGGCUGGUUUAUAACACCCCUCCGAAGCACAGUGUGUGGUGGAUGCUCACAGCUCUGCUCUGCCUGAGAGGGACCAGCCCUGUCCCCCAACAACUUCUUUACAGACUUUUCAGUGAUUCGAUUGCAAGAUAAGGCAGAGAUUUCAAAUACAUCUGAGAUGUUUUUUACACCCGUCUUGUUACAGACUACCUGAAGUGCAUGAUUUCUACACGCAUUGGCUACCUGGACACAGGCCCUGGGGAAGCAGGCUGGCUCUGUCCGAAGGUUGGUAACAUUCAUACAGUGGAUAAGCAAAGAUUAUCAAUAAACAGUUGUGCUGAAAACAGAAA